AUGCUUGGUUUUGCAUUCCAUCUCAUCUACGCUGCAACGUGCUCUGCAAGCGUCAGUUGCAUCCAUUUCCCAGAACACAUCAAACCGUUGGAGACGGUGGCAUUCGAGACGCUGAGCCUGCGGGUUCGAAGGCUGAAGGAGCAAAACAGGUUCGUGAGGGGUGACCUGGAUGCCAUCGAGAGAGGUGUCUUGGAGAAGGUGAGGGAGAAGCGGCAGGUGACGGCUGCUUCAACUCCUUUGCCGCUGGGAGGCUCCAGGCCAAAAAGUGCGGCUGCAGUGGCUGCAGCUCAGUCAGCUCCGGUUGAGACGAACUUGCAACAGGUUGGCAGCAAAUCAGCACCGCACCUGGUAAUGGUGCCAAAGCCGGUGCUUUUGAAGCCACCUGAUUGCUUUGACCUUUGGCGAGAGUAUGAUUCGCUGCAGUACGCCAAUGAAGAAGCAGAAAAGAGGAGAGCCAAACAGGCCCAAGCCAAAAGGCACCUGGAAGCUCUAAGUGAACAAGUACAACAGGCCAAAGCUCGACGUGAGGUUGAGGCAUCUGAGAAGGAAAAGGACCGAGAGGCGCUACUAGCACAGGUCCAUCGCAGCCAAAGUGAAGCCACAGCAGAGUUGGCUAAGAAGCUCCAAAAGAAGCAAAUGCAGAAAGAGGCCUCUCUUGAGCUACUGGCGAGUGUGGAGAAGAAGAGCGAAGCAGCCCACCGCAUCAAAGUCGCCAAGACAGCGAUGGAUCGCACUCUCCUUGCGGAAGAGCAGUACCGGCAGCAGGAGCUUUUGCGGCGAGAAAAGCUCAAAGGAGAAGAGUCCAAGUUGAUGCAGCAGCAGUUUGAAUUAUCUCAAGCCUGGCAUCAGGAAUCCCAACAGAAAGAGAAAGAGGAAGACAGGCGGAUGGCGUUGGAGUGGAAGCGCCUUGCGGCCAAGCCACAGGAAGCUGAACUGCCUGGAGGCAUGUUGCAUAAGAUCCGUUCAAAUCAGAAGCGUGUUGAUGCGCUUGUUGGCAGUAUGGGGGUGGCUUUGGUUGAGAAGCAGCGUGCCCAGGAGGCAGCCAAGGAAGAGCUCAUUGAAAAACAUUGCAGGGACUAUGAACAAAAGCGCAUGGAUGACCUCUUUGCCCGGAAGGAUGACCGAGCCAGGCGGACCAGAGAAAUGUUCGUGGACAUCCAAAAGCAAAUCGACCACAAGAACCUUGUUAAGGGGGUGGAAGACCGGGCUGCUGACUUGCGGCAGGUUGAAAUGUGGCGGGAGAACACGGAGGCGUUCCAUCGCGAGGAGUUGAUGAAGCAGCAGGCAAAGCACACCGCCCGUAAGGAGCUUGAUGCUGAGCUUUUUGAUGCCAUGAUGCGAAAAGCAGGAACUCACAAGUCGACCUGUCCCGGCGAUGUGGACCAGGACUUGCUCUUGAACAGGCCGUUGGUCGAGAAGAUGGCCAAGUCGGGCUUCAAGAAAGACCGGACUGUACCGAUGCUAGAGAAGGCCAUGGCGUUGAAAGCCAAGCAGCGUAGACAUCUACGGCCUGAUGGUGAAAGUUAGUGCGUCCCAGAAUCCAAGUUGAUCCCAAAGGGAUCCUAAGGAUUUGAAAGCAUCUCUAUAUAGUUCCGGUGCUUUCAGUAUGUAGCAGUUCUGCUUUUGCCACUGUGCUCGAUUGACUGAAGGAUUCAAGUGGAG